AUGUCAAGCGUUGAGUACUCAGGUCCGGAAGGGAUCCUGAAUCAGUUUAAAAAAUACCAAGAGCAGCUGGCCGGCAUCUUGCAGGCAUACUCCGCAAACCAGGACGACGCAUUGCUCAGUGGGUUUCUUACAUUCGCGCACUCUAAGUGCAACAAGUAUUUCGACGAGAUACUGCUGUCGGACGAUGGCCAAGGGCAUGCAGGCGAGCCGGUGAGAGGUGCCGAAGACAUGCAAUUAACUAUGGACUGUUUGUGGAAAAGUGUGCAUUACCCGAUAUUCAAGUGGUUCCAGCUUUGGCGGCAGCACCUUGUGUCGGUCAAUGUUGACCAAAAACCUCGUUACGUUGAGUUAAGAAAGCUAAACUCCAAGCUCACCAAGUUUUUCAAGGUCAUCCACAAGUUCUACUACGGCAUUCUCGAAAAAGUGAGUUCCGAGUUCGAGCUGUUUGAAAUUCUGCCACACCUCUUCCUUCAAAAGUUGAACAUCCAGACAAAGGAAAGCCCUGAGAAAACCGUCCUUCGAAGCGACGACCAGCUGGCUAUUUCGGUCAUAAUCCUAAUUCACCGGUCUUUACUGAACCUUGGGUCAUGCCACCGGUAUAAGUCAAUGUGCGAGAAAUUCAAGGAUACUUCCCAAGACCUCCAGUUUUUUAAAAAAUCGAUGAGGUACUUCAACCUGGCGACUUUAGUUCUCCCUUCAGUUGGUGAACCCUACCUCCAAGAGGGUCUGAUUUACGUUCAAGCCAGAAACUUUGGCUUUUCGACAUAUUCGUUUGCUAGAAGCGCGCUCUCCCGGCUCCCUAGUGCGGCAGGGCUCCCCAAUUUUUUGAGCUCAGUUUGCGACCCCAACAGCAAAAUCUUCACGCAAGUCAUGAUCGCAUUUCAAGACAUCUUCAAACAAGAAAGAGACGGGCGAGUGGUCAACCGGGAAAUUAUCGAAAUAUACUUCUUGGUCUUGUUCUGUGCCAAUUUCGCCCCUGCACUCUGGUCUGGUGAAACCGGAAAGUGUCUACUCAGCGGAGCUAGAUUGCAGCAUAUUAGAGAGCAGUAUUGCCAAAAGACUGCUACCAGGUACGCCAAGAACCUUCCUUUGAUCCUACAAAACGAAAUUUUAUUGAUUGCCGGAUUCGACCUGUUGAAGACCUACAAUAGCGCGAACAAGGACGAAAAAGCUACUCAAAAGGUUAAGAACUCAUUCUUGGGCUUUAGCUUUGAUCUCAUUAGUCAUUUUAUUGACAAUGUUGUGGUUAAGGAAAUUGAAAACCAACAGGAAUGGGUUUACCUCGCUUUUGUCCGCGUUGUUAACUGCUGGUUAAUGAGUAACAAGGCUGCACUGCAAUUCGCUCAUAGAGAUGUGAGGUUUUGUGACGCAAUGAUGCGUUUGAUGAACUCUGUUCUUAAAAGCCCAACGUUGACACGGCCUCCGGAGCUCAACCACCGGCCUAGAAGGCCUUACUUUUUUGAAGAAGACGUUUCGCUCAGAGAUUUCAAAAGUGUGAAAUUUACUCUUUCUGACUUCAAUGACGAUGAGGUUUUCAGCGCCGGUAAUGCAUCAGGCGCCUUGAUUGGGAUGGUUGACAAAAGGCUGUCCAAGAAGGAUGAACAUAAGCUGAGACUUGAGGCUGUCGGUGUGUCCGGGAAGAGAUUUUUGGCGAAAAACGCUUGUGGUAUCCAAUUUGUUGAUGGGCAGUUUAUGAAGUCUGCGAUUAAGACCAAAGCGGGGCAGAGCUGGGCUCAAAAGGCUAAAAACACUCCCCAAUCCACUCUUAAAAAGUCAGUGUCAAUGCGAGAGCUUGAGGCAAAAAUCCAGAAUGAGUCUGGCCCUGCUACAUGGGGCUACAGCGGGUCCUCCGUACCUCAGGCGCCUGCUAGUAUCAAGGCAAGACCUAGUACCUCAUUCACCGAGAGACCGCUAUCUCGAGAUGUCAGCACUCCGAGUUUCACCAAACAAAAGGCGGCGGGUUCAGAAAGCAGAAGUAGUCUCUCCGAGAGACACCAGGCUAUGCCCGCCGCAGUAGAACCUCCUUUGAAUAUGAGCCCUGCGGCAGGUAGCACCCCUAAUGCAGCUGCUCCAGUGAUGGCACAGCCUAUGCAGUACUAUCCUCCCCAUGCUCCUGUCAGCUCUCCGGCGAUUGUGCAAAACGCUGCGCCCAAUACAAGCCAACUGUUCGAGGCGCCAUUCUAUCCUAAUGUUCCUCUCCAGAUGGUGAACACACCUUACAUGCAAUACUGGCCUCAGGCAUACCCUCUAGCUGCAUACAACCCUAUGAUGCCUCUACCUCAAAACGCCGGCAUGAACCCUCCUGCGCCACUUGCUCCCCAACAAGGGACAGCCGGCCUCCAGGCUCAGUCUCCUGCGUUCAUGGGGAACUACGCCUAUCCACAAUAUUGA